AGGGUUUCAAUUAUUAAUAAUAACAUCGACUUCGUCUUUCUCGUUUCUCUCUCUCUCUCGCGGAUCAGAUCUCUCGAAAUCGAUCGAUAAUGGCGUCAACCUUCAGCGGCGAUGAAACAGCUCCGUUCUUUGGCUUCUUGGGGGCCGCGGCAGCCCUAGUAUUUUCCUGUAUGGGGGCGGCGUACGGGACGGCCAAGAGCGGCGUCGGUGUGGCGUCGAUGGGUGUGAUGAGACCGGAGCUGGUGAUGAAGUCUAUUGUGCCCGUGGUCAUGGCUGGUGUUUUGGGUAUUUAUGGCUUGAUUAUUGCUGUGAUUAUUAGUACGGGUAUUAACCCUAAGGCCAAGUCCUACUACUUGUUUGACGGCUACGCUCACCUUUCUUCUGGACUCGCCUGCGGUCUCGCUGGACUUGCUGCUGGUAUGGCUAUCGGAAUCGUCGGAGAUGCUGGUGUCAGAGCGAAUGCACAACAACCAAAGCUCUUUGUCGGAAUGAUCCUUAUCCUCAUUUUUGCUGAAGCACUGGCUCUUUAUGGUCUUAUUGUCGGUAUCAUCCUCUCUUCUCGUGCUGGUCAGUCUAGAGCUGACUAGAAAAUUUCACUUCACUCAAAGAAUGUUUCAGUUUCUUGCAAUCAGAGAAUUAUGAAUACGUUAACUUCUUCAUGAUUACAUUAUAGUUUUGCUAUGGAAAUGUUUAUGGGCCGUUGCUUCAUAUCCAUGUGGCAAUGAUUUGUCCAGAUUGCUCAAACCAGUGAUAUAUAUGGAGGUAUAUUGUAGAUGGUAAGCUUGUUUUCCCUGAAUAAAGUUCCUGGUACUAUGUUUAAGGUGCCGGAUGUUGCGAGCAUUUUGCAUUUGUUUUGAACAAUUGCAUGUAUUAUUUUAUUUAAUUUUGUUUAAACACA